AUGGCUUUCUUUUUCAAUCGAGGUCGGUCGCGGCAACCGGCUGAUGUUGCCCGCUCUACCAAGGAAUUGCUACUCAGGGUCCAGGAGACUCCUAACUUGCCCAAGGCCGAGGAAGACCUCGCAAAGCAACUAAGUCAGAUGAAAGUGAUAGUUCAAGGGACACAAGAGGUCAACACGUCACCGGACCAAGUCCACGCCCUUGUUCAAGCCACGCUCCAAGAAGACCUCCUCUACGACUUAUCACGAACAAUUCAUUUGCUGCCAUUCGAAGCUAGGAAAGAUACACAGACCAUUUUCUCUCAUAUUCUCCGUUUCCGUCCAAGCAAUUACGCGCCUGACAAAGACCCUCCUGUCAUUUCGUACAUUGUCCACCACCGACCAGAGAUCCUUGUUGAAUUAUGUCGCGGAUAUUCCGAGAGCCAGAGUGCCAUGCCAUGUGGUGUAAUUUUAAGGGAAGCGCUCAAGUUCGACGUGGUUGCCGCGGUGCUUCUGUAUGAUCAGUCGAAGGAAGGAGAGCCGGCCGUGCGACUCUCCGAUUUGAAGCCAAAUCUGCCACAGAAAGGCGAUGGAGUCUUUUGGAGCUUUUUCGAUUGGAUCGACAAAAGCAGUUUUGAAGUGAGCGCAGACGCGUUUACAACUUUCCGGGAGAUUUUGACCCGGCAUAAGAACCUCGUUACCGCGUAUCUGGCUACCAACUAUGAUUUGUUCUUUGGCCAAUUCAAUGACGUUCUUGUCCAAUCUGACUCUUAUGUGACGAAGCGGCAAAGCAUCAAGCUCCUGGGCGAGAUUUUGUUGGACCGUGCAAACUACAAUGUGAUGAUGGCUUAUGUGGAGAGUGGGGAUAAUCUUAAGUUAUGCAUGAAGCUCCUGCGGGAUGAUCGCAAGAUGGUCCAGUAUGAGGGGUUCCACGUUUUCAAGGUGUUUGUAGCCAAUCCAAACAAAUCGGUGGCCGUGCAGCGGAUUCUGAUCAAUAACCGCGAUCGAUUACUCCGGUUCCUGCCUAAGUUCCUAGAGGACCGUACUGAUGACGAUCAAUUCACCGACGAGAAGAGUUUCCUCGUGCGACAGAUUGAAUUAUUGCCGAAGGAGCCUGUUGAACGGAGCAGGCCUGCGCGGGAGACCCAGUCUGGAGUCAACACCGCUGUGGCUUGA